ACGAGAAGAGUCCUCUGUAAGUUCUUUCUCCUUUGAUACGCUAUUUGGGCAUUAUCAUUUGCAUAAAACAGUUCAUUGAAAUGACAAGAUUGAAGAUGUUACCUAACAAUUGCACAGCAGCUAUCAGAUGGUAAGCGCGCAACACUUGACCCAAGCAUCACUGUGGAAUCUAAAAGGAGUUUGUUUUAAAUUUGGGAGGAAUAAAGAUUUGAUAAUAAAGGAACGCACAUUAACAAGUCAAACCCACGACAACGGAGCGGAUUUUGCAAAGAAACUGAAAAAACAAAACAAAACAACCGAAAGCAAUUAUUAAUGGUGCACCAUGGAGAGCGCCACCAUCAACCCAGCACACGCUUGAUGAAAGCAUCAUUCUGAGAGAUGAAAAUGAGAGCGCCAACAUUUGGACUUGUGUGGAGCUGUCUGGGAUUUCUUCACAGCGUGCAGUGCGGUUUAGGAGACAACCAUGUGCAUUCCAGUUUUAUUUACCGGCGGUUGCGUAACCACGAGCGGCGAGAGAUCCAGAGAGAAAUCCUCUCUAUCCUGGGUUUGCCUCACCGUCCCAGGCCCUUCUCUCCGCUCAAGCAAGCGUCAUCGGCACCGCUCUUCAUGUUGGACCUGUACAACGCGAUGACGACCGAGGAGGAGGACGCGCUCCUCGGAAAGGCGUUUGUGGGGAAAUCGCGUAAACAAGCGCCUGCAAUUCCACAAGGAUACUCGCGCGCGCCGCAGCAGCCGUAUGGCGCGGCGUCCCUGACGAGCCAGAGCACGCCUUUGGCCACCGCGCACGACACCAACUUUCUCAACGACGCGGACAUGGUGAUGAGUUUUGUAAAUCUAGUUGAGAGGGACAAGGAUUUUUCGCAUCACAGACGACACUACAGAGAGUUUCGUUUCGAUCUGACGCAGAUCCCGGAAGGAGAGGCCGUGACCGCUGCAGAGUUCAGGAUUUAUAAGGAUAACAGUAACGGAAGAUAUGAGAAUAUCACACUCAAGGUCACCAUAUACCAAGUCAUCAAAGAAUAUCCAAACAGGGAUGCUGAAACAUUCCUCUUGGACUGGAAAAAGAUUCGAGCAUCUGAUGGAGGCUGGCUGGUGUUUGACAUCACAGCUACCAGCAAUCACUGGGUUCUGAACCCUCAGCAGAACAUGGGCCUUCAACUCUGUGUGGAGACUACUGAUGGUAGAAGCAUCAGCAUGAAAUCUGCUGGCAUCAUAGGAAGGAACGGACCUCAGUCCAAACAGCCAUUCCUUGUCGCUUUUUUCAAAGCAAGUGAGGUUCUGCUCCGUUCUGUAAGGGCCACAGGAGGGAAAAGGAAGAGCCACAACAGAAAUAAAACAAAAACUCAGCAGAAAUCCUCACCGGCUCUUAAAAGUGGAGAUCAAAACACCAGUGAGCAGAGGCAAGCCUGCAAGAAGCAUGAACUUUAUGUUAGCUUCCGCGACUUAGGAUGGCAGGACUGGAUUAUUGCUCCUGAAGGCUAUGCAGCCUUUUAUUGCGAUGGAGAAUGUUCAUUUCCACUGAAUGCGCAUAUGAAUGCAACAAACCAUGCUAUUGUGCAGACCUUGGUCCAUUUAAUGUUCCCUGAUAAUGUGCCAAAGCCUUGCUGUGCACCCACCAAACUGAACGCCAUUUCAGUGCUGUAUUUUGAUGACAGCUCAAAUGUUAUUCUGAAGAAGUAUAGGAAUAUGGUGGUGAGAUCCUGUGGCUGUCAUUGAAGACAUGAAUUUUCUGUGAUAUAUGACAUAGUUUUUUUUUUUUUUUUACAUUUGAUGUACAGUAUUAUGUAUAUAUUAGAUUAUAAUUCCUCUUAUUUAUUUGGGUUUGCUUUGUAAUAACUUUUUUUAUAUGAGAGAUGUAGAUGUCAGUUACAAGUUACCACUCUUACCACAGAUCCAUGGUCGAUUGCUCUUUUCCUGAGUUUAUGUAUUAGGCCAGAGACUUCAAAAUUGAGGAACUUAGUCAGGGUGGAUGGCAUAUUUAUUUUUUCACCAUUGAAAACAAGGCUGUAAGGAAUAAAACGUCCUUGUUUCUUUCAUAACCUCCAUUCCCUGAUGGAGGGAACGAGACAUUGUGUCGAUGUAGUGACACUAGGGGUCGCCCUUGGAAGCCCCAAA